CAUAACAUAGCUGCCUGCGUCACCUCUUCCCCAAUUCAAACGCGUUUUCCAACGUUCCAACUGCCAAAUACACUUCACUUCCACAGCGUCGCCCAUUGAAACCUCCUGUCAAAAGCACUUGGCUUUGUCUGUAGGUUGCUACCAAUUCUUGAAUAGACGUUAUUUUUGUCUCACGGUCCAUUGUUCGAGUCCUGACUCGUCCAUAGCCCGCUUACCAGUGUAGUUGUUAAACGAGCGUUCGCUUGACGCACUGUCCUUUUUGCUACCACCACCUGCUGCGUGCUUGCUUUUUUUGAACAAGUAAACCACACGCACUUGCUUCUCUCCGUCUCCUUCUAUCUCCACCGCUACCGUCACACUCCGACCCAGUCUUCCCUCACACACUCACUCCUUUCUCUGUGUGUGUCUCUGUCUCUGCUCGUGUGUCUUUGCAUCCGCCCCGUCUCAUACCGACCCCCGAUAGUACGAACGAAACGCUCGUGUUUCCUCCCACUGUCCAAGUCCUUGCGUGAGAUCUAACCGAAAUAAUUUUGCACUUGCUGCUCACGUUUUCGUGUCCUCCAUUCACGUCUCACUUCGCUUCGAACUGUCGCGUGAUCUAGCCGAUAGGUUUUAGUCUCGCUUUUUACGCGUAUCAUAAAACAAAUCGUCUUCGUCGUCUGGACGCUGCUGCUGCUGUUGUCGCUGUUGCUUCUGACGCCUUGGCUUUCUAAAACAACGGUCAUCGUUAGUCGUUUGUGCUGUCUCCCAUCACCUUCGUCUGUGCCGUUAUUGUCUUCUCUUUCUGUCUCCGUUUCUAUUAACGAUCGUUACGUUUUGUACGCUUUUCUUUAAACCACAAACGUGUCUUAUACGAACCUCUCUCUCAGCAUGACAAAAGUUACUACUACUGCCGUUGAGCAAAUGAUUAUCCAACCCCCCUCCCGCUUCUACGAGGACUCCUCGCUCCCCAAGCCCAACAUCUCGUCGCUGGACGAGUACAAGGCGAUGUACGAGCAGUCCAUCAAGAACCCCAACAAGUUUUGGGGAGACAUGGCCCGCGAAGUGAUUGACUGGGACCGUGACUUUUCCACAGUGCUCCAGGGAAGUCUGCAGGCUGCAGACUUUGCAUGGUUCGCCGACGGAAUGCUCUCGCCCUGCUACAACGUGCUUGACCGCCAUGCCAUUGCAAGACCCGAUGCCACGGCCAUCAUCUACGAGGCCGACGAGCCCAACCAAGGCCGCCACAUCACCUACCGCCAGCUGCUUGCUGAUGUGUGUCAGUGUGCCGGAGCUUUGGCUUCUCUUGGUGUCGGCAAGGGCGAUCGUGUGGCCAUCUACAUGCCCAUGAUCCCGGCUGUCGUUGUCGCCAUGCUGGCCACCAUUCGUCUUGGUGCCGUCCACACCGUUGUCUUUGCUGGUUUCUCCGCAGAGUCGCUCGCCGACCGUGUGAACGAUGCCGGCUGCAAGGUGGUCAUCACCUCCGAUGUCAGUUACCGUGGCAGCAAGGUGAUCCCCUUGAAGAACAUUGUCGACAAGGCCGUUCCCAACUGUCCCUCGGUCACCAACGUCCUCGUUUUCCAACGCUCUGCCGCUCCUACGGCCUCUAUGGUCGACGGACGUGAUAUUUGGUGGCAGGACAUCGUCCCCAAGUUCCCCCGUUACAUUCCCAAUGUCAGCGUGUCCGCCGAGCAUCCCCUUUUCCUCCUUUACACUUCUGGCAGUACCGGUAAGCCCAAGGGUGUCGUCCACACCACGGCCGGUUACCUUCUCGGUGCCCACGCCACCUGUAAAUACGUCUUUGACCUUCACCCUACCGACCGCAUGGGCUGUGCCGGCGAUGUCGGCUGGAUUACCGGCCACACUUACAUUGUGUACGGUCCCCUCAUGAUGGGUGCUGCCACUCUUGUGUUCGAGAGUACCCCCGCCUAUCCCGACUUUACUCGUUACUGGAGCACCGUUGAGCGUCACAAGUUGACGCAAUGGUACGUCGCACCCACUGCCAUCCGUUUGCUCCAGCGUGCCGGCGAGUCCUUCGUCAAGCACGACACCUCCUCUCUCCGUGUCCUCGGCAGUGUCGGUGAGCCUAUUGCUCCUGAAAACUUUAUGUGGUACCAUGAUGUUGUUGGUAAGAAGAGCUGUGCUGUUGCUGACACCUACUGGCAAACGGAAACGGGUUCGCACAUUGUCGCUCCCAUCAGUACCGUUACCCCCACCAAGCCCGGUUCCGCCACGCUUCCCUUCUUCGGCAUCGACUUGGCCAUUGUUGAUCCUUUGACUGGUAAGGAGUUGGAGGGCAAUGAUGUCGAGGGUGUCUUGGCUGUCAAGCAGCCCUGGCCCAGUGCAGCCAGAACCGUCUGGCGCGGUCAUGACCGUUACAUUGACACUUACCUCAAGCCCUACCCUGGCUUCUACUUCACCGGCGAUGGUGCCGCUCGCGAUAGCGAUGGCUACAUCUGGAUCCGCGGCCGUGUCGAUGAUGUUGUGAACAUCUCCGGUCAUCGUUUGAGUACGUCCGAGAUUGAGGCUGCCUUGAUGACGCACGCUGCUGUUGCUGAGGCCGCUGUUGUCGGUGUGCCUGAUGAGUUGACGGGUCAAGCCGUCAACGCCUUCAUCUUGCUCAAGGACGGCUUCGAGGUGAAUGCCGAGUUAGAGAAGGAGCUCAUCUUGACCGUUCGUACCCAAAUUGGACCUUUUGCCAGUCCCAAGAAGCUUAUCUUCAGUGACCUCCCCAAGACUCGCAGUGGAAAGAUCAUGCGUCGUAUCCUGCGUAAGGUUCUUGCUGGCGAAGAGGAUCAAUUGGGUGACGUUAGCACUUUGGCCGAUCCCAAGGUUGUCCACGACAUCAUUCACGCUGUCCACCGUGCCCACGGUAGAGCGUAAGGGAAACGAGAAACCAGCGUGAAACGUGUUUGAUGAGGCUAACCCAAGGGUGUGCGCUCGGUCGCCAGGAUGUUUGUGGGUGUACGGGAUAUGGUAUUAUUGGUAUGCGUGUGUGUGUCUCUAGCAGUUGCUAUGUGCCGCACUCCUCCUCCUCCUUUCCACUUCCCAAAUGCACCGUGUACAUUACGUGUUCAUAACACAAAUCUUGCAUUGAUUUUUGAUGCCUUGCAUUGAUUGUUCUCUCCUCUAUAAACACUAAGACGACAAGAGGCGAGCGAGCGGGUGAGUCGAUGGGUACAACAGCCAAGCUUAAACCACCACUACACAACACUUAGUGCGUGCUUGUUUUCGUUCGCACUCGCUCGUGUUCGAUGAAAGAAGAAUAAUAAAAUUCGUUAUUUUUCGUUAUAAAAUAUAAAAAGGUUGAGCGUAGCAGAA